GUCGGAGGCUGCGGACGGUCAGUCGGUGCCGGCGGUGGGCGCGGGAGCACGUGCGCACGACGGGAAGGGCGGGCAGCGGUGCCGCUGGGCUGAGUGGACUGCAGACUGAGCAGUGGGGGUAGACUCGAGGGGUUAUCAGCUGAUCUGGAUGGCGAGCUCCGAUACCGCCGAUAUGGAGAUCGUGCACCCGUUUGACUUCAGGAAGCUGGUGGCAGCAGAGGCGGCCGUCGACUCCCCGCUACCCGACACUCGACCGAGGGACACGCGGAAGGAGAAGUCACGCGACGCGGCCCGGUCUCGGCGCGGCAAAGAGAAUCACGAGUUCUACGAGCUGGCGCGCCUGCUGCCGCUGCCGACAGCCAUCACCUCGCAGCUGGACAAGGCCUCCAUCGUGCGCCUGACGCUCAGCUGUCUGAAGAUCGGGGAGUUCAGUCGGCGCGGCGACCCGCCCUGGCACGGCCCGCCGGCGCACGACGCCCUGCAGAGAGGUCCCCACAUUCGUCUUCGUGGCGUCCCGACGUCAAUAGCGGACGCCUAUGACCACCACCAGGGGACGCACAUACUGCAGAGUUUGGACGGCUUUGCAUUUUCACUUGGACCGGAUGGAAGAUUUCUGUACGUUUCGGAAACGGUGUCCAUAUACCUUGGGCUUUCACAGGUGGAGAUGUGCGGCAGCAGCAUCUUCGACUACCUGCACGCGGAGGACCACGGCGAGUUCGCCGAGCUGGCCGGCCUGGCGCUCAGUCACGGCCGGCCCCUGGCCUCGCCCGGCGAGCAGAACGCCGGACCGGUGGGCACGCAUAACCCGGAUGUGAACGGAGCCAUGACAGCGGAGACAACUGGAGGAUACGAAGGUCUGGAGCGAGCCCUCUGUGUCCGGCUGAAGUCCACACUGACCAAACGGGGCUGCCACUUCAAAACGCCCGGCUACAGGGCAAUGCAGCUGCAGUGCCGCCUGCGGCCGGCCGUCGACCCUGCAGAUUCAGUCGGCAGCACCACCCGGCUACUGGGCCUGGUGGGCCUGGCCGUGGCGCUGCCGCCGCCCGGUGUCCACGAGCUGCGGCUGGACGGCCACUCGUUCGUCACACGGCUCACAUUCGACCUGCGGAUCGUCCACUGCGAGCCCAGGGUGCCUCCGUGCGUGGACUUUACCUCGGAGAGUCUAGUGGGACGGAGUCUGUACUCGCUGUGCCAUGGAGCAGACGUCGCCCAGCUGAGACAGGCACACCAAGACCUGCUCACCAAAGGUCAAGUACUGACCGGCUACUACCGGCUACUGAGUCCCACCGGCGGCUACACGUGGCUCCACACCUGCGCCACUGUGGUCGGCCAUGGCCGCGCCGAUCAGCCCCCCAGCGUGAUCUGCGUCAACCACGUCCUCUCGCACCCGGAGCACGCCGGUACCGUCAUGGAGAGCUCCCUCCUCGGAAACCACCUGGACCUGAAGACCGACAGCGACCCCAGCGAGCAGAGCCUCCCCGAGAACUGGCGGCAUGACACCGCGGAGAGUGCAGGGGAGACAUUGCUCGCCGAUGGAGGUGGCAUUAACCGUGGCCACAGAGGGAAGGGACUGGCCGAUGCUGAAGACGAGGGCAGAUGUGCCCUCGGGUAUCCCCACACCGCCGUCAAACGGGAGAUGGAGAUGGUUCUGACAUGCGAUACAAGCCAAGCGGAGCACCACGAGCCCCCAGAGUCGCCACGCGGUCAGAAGCGCCACUACAGCUCCGUCGCCUCGUCGCCAGGCGGCGGCUGUGCGCCGGGCGCCACCUGCUGCGUCGAUUGGCGACGGCGGCGGCGGCAGGAGAGCGGUCCCUCCACCGACUGUCGUCCGGAGCAGUGGCACGGCCCGCCGGCCGGCGCCGCCCGCCGCUCCGUCAUUAGGUCCGGCACUCAGACUGAGCUGCCGCCACCAGCCGGGGCCGAGGGCGCGGCGCUGCCCGGUCCAGCCGGCUUCACACCACCUGCCUCCGUGUCCCCUCAGGAGCCGCCGCCGGUCUGUGGGUCCCCGCUGGACCCGGGGUCCGGACUGGGUCCGCGCGGCUCGGGUCACAGGUCUCCUCUGGACCCGGGGCCGGAUCGCUCCCCGCCGAGUCAGGAGCCGUCACCAUACGGUCAACCGUUCGGCAGGUCCCUGCCGAGGCUGGGACCGGCCUUUGGGGACGUGCUCCACGGGCUCCACAGCUCACAUUCAGCUGAGCGGCCACCGCUAGAGGCGAUUCGGUCGUUCUGGUUCGUGCCUUAGAUGUCGGAGCCGACACCGGACGUUUUCACAGGUGGGCUGAGGUCCACAGGUGCGCGCAUACGUACUUUAUCGUAGUCUGUGCUUUCAUCCGAUAUACGCUGGGUGCGCGUACGAUACGUACGAAAUGGGACCAAUUGUGGUGGCGACUGAGCUUGUAUUACGUCACAAGUGCCAGUGUUAAAUUGAGGUGCCUUAGAAAGACGUUGGCUGAUUGUUGAAAAUCAUAUCAAUGUGCCAUUUAUAUGGAGGACUUUGAAUUUCAUGUUGCGUGCCUUGCUUCGGAUUGGGCUGGGUGCUGAUGAGUUAAAGCGAAACUACUCUGGUGUGUUGUAGCACAGGCAAGUUGCAGGACCAGUUUACCCUGGUGACUUCUUUCGGAACUACUGGGUAUAGAUUACUUGUAAUAUAAGUGGCAGGUGAUAAUUCGCGAGGAUGCUUGACUGGCACUAUCGACUAGGAGCAUAAACGGUGCCAUAUGAAUUCGUCCUGCUCGUUCAACGCAGAGGUAGUUUUACCGUUUUUGACGAUCUGUGAUUGUAAGUACACAUUGAAGGUGCGUUUCUUUUUGGAUUUCAGUGUCUUCUCUAAAUAAGAAUGUAUUGCUUAGUAUAGUGUGCGACGUAGUUCGCUACCUGCAAGGUUUUGGAUGACUUUUAUACAUUUUUAUAUUGUGUUGUACUUUGAUGUGUAGCCAUGCCUCGGUAUUUAUAAUACAAAGGACAGUGAUAGCAG